AUGUUCACUUGCUCAAAGGAAGGGAAAACAAAUGAGCUCUACAGAAAUAAACGCAAAAAUGUUGUGGUUCGAACAUGGGAAAGGAAAAGGGGAGAGACGAGAUGUGGUUGUCCAACUCGAAUGAGUUACUUUAUAGAACAACAUAAUCAUCCAUUGGUUAAGGUUCAUUUACUUAGAUCCCAUCGUGGUACAUCGGCUACGAAAAGAGCACUAAUGCAAGAGUAUAGAGAGACAAACAUUCCAACCUGCCAACAAGUUAGGUUGUUUGGGAUUGAUGCUGGGGGUCCCUUCGGAAUGAAGGAAGUGAUUACGGGAAUAAGAUUAGACGAUCAUGCUAAAGAGUUGCUUGAUUGGGAGCUUGUCAAGGUUGCUGAUUCUGGAGAUAGUGUUGUGGCUAUUCAUGUUUGUCGAAAUUCGGGUAAUCCGUUUUCCUUUGCUUUUCUGAACCCUUCAUGUUUUAGCUCGAAGCAUCCUCUAGCAACUACUAGCCCAAUCAAAAUUCCAGGCACUAUCCUCCUCAAAAACCAGCCGCCAAAAGUAGCCCUUGCCAACCAUCUUUCCCCCAUUCUCGGCUCCUUCAUCCCCACAAAAUUCAACAACCACCCAACCACGUCCUCAACCGGCCAAUACCGUGCUGGGCAGCCACAGCACCAGAUCGACUCGUACGGUUUAGCAAGGCAAACCGAGUCUGACCGU